AGUGCUGUGGUGAACUGCCUAGAGUGAGGACGUGUGUCGCUCCGCCCUUGUACCCGUUCGCUCCUGGAAAUCGCUGGGAAAUGAGCGACUAAGUGGAUCCGUGUGCUGUGAGUGCUUGGUAGGAGCGAUGAGUCGGCGCCUGAGGACAGUGUGUUCCGUGCCGCGUGUGACUGCCCGUGCCGCCCUCCCUCCCGCCGCGGCGAUGCAGUAGUGGGUAUCGGGGGUCACGCCGCCGAGGGUAACCUAUGUUAGCAAGCACCGCCGAGCCUCGUAUCAAGCAGCCAGACUGACCAUGUGGUGUUUAUAGGGUCAAAGGUCAGCCGAGGAAGCCGUGAGCACGAUGACCCUGCAUAGCGAGGCGACACACGCGGCGGGACGGACCUUGUGAGGCGCCCAUGAGGUUGUGUGGCGUCGGCUCGGCGUCUCGAGCGAGUUAGGUGGGUGUGGCCUCAUGCUGCCUCACUUCCCCGCCCUCCUGCUCCUCCUCGUUUCCUCCGGAGGGUCGGACUUGUCUCACUCCCCUCCUCCCCCAUGGAAGCUCCCCGCCCCGAGCCGUCCGUCCCCGCCGCCGCCCCCCGCCGGGCCCCCGCAGCGUGGUCACGGCGCAGACACACUCACUUCCUCCACACCGGAAAUUAAAGUCAGAAGCGAAGUUCUUUCAGAUGCGGCCGACCACCUCCCGCGUCCCUCUGGCGGCCACCGUGACGCCUCGCCCGCCGGUAGCUCCGGGGCUGUGGCGAGGGAGGGGCCGCUCGCCCUUCACCAGAGCCGGAUGACCUCCCACCAGCCAGCCUAUCAGUCCCCCACGGCGGAGCUAAGCACACGCUCACGGGCCAGGCCGGGCCCCAGCGGAGACGUCAACACCUGGGUAAUUAGAGCAGCGUCGAGGGCAGAGCCGCGCCACGCUAAUCACCGCCUCGCCCCCCUCAAGCCUUCCAUCAACGACGCGAGAGGCGGCCUGCCGCGCGACGCCCCCGAAAACGCCAGUUACUUGAACACGGACGCGCCGGGGCGAUGGAGUCAGCCUCACGCCCUUAUGGAGUCCAGCCAUCAGGGCGCUUCUCCUCCCCUUCCUGUCUUAUCUGCUCCCGUUGCUCACGAUGUAAACUCGCGCCACAAUUACUUUACCACCUCGGCCGCCAGGGAUUCCGCGCCCUCGGGACAGCCCUCCCUAAAUGAAAUAACGACAAAGGGUUCCUCGGGUCGGGGCGGCAGAGAACAAGGUCACAUCACUGCUGCAGCGACUCAACGACAGAGGAUCAGACUGAACGGUGACGUUACGGACGCUAAGACUCACAGCUCGAGAUCUAGUGGACGCACGCAAGACUCCUGGACUGAGGAAGAUCAUACAACGCAAAACAAUGCAUCAGCGAAAAGUGUAAGGAGCUUAGACGCGGUUCAGAUGAGGCGCGAAAUAGGUGGAGUGGAAAACGGAAAAGACGAACCCGAGGAAGGAGAAACAAGAGAGGAAGCAAGGAGAGAAGGAGAAGAAGGCAUCGACCUCAGCCGCUCUUCCCCCGCCUCCUCUGCCCCACUUCCUCCCCAACGCACGGGGCCCCGGAUCCCCAGUGUAUUAAGAGACCAGACCAGACACUCCCCGAUAAUCCUCAUGAGCGAUAACCCCGGAGGCGCGUCGGUGGCAAAAACUGAGCCCUCGAGCAUCGUUUUUGGCCGAGAAGGAAAUUCCGUGGAGGAAGUUGCUGGCGCGGCACUUAGCAAGACUUGGAGGAGUGGGAGCGAGAGGCAGAGAACACCAGUAACAGUCCAGGGCGCGGCGAGCAGCAACAAAACAGCCAAGAAUUCAUUAUUUAAGGUCGACAGAGCAGGCAAAGAAGCUGGCGUGAGGGGGAGCAGUCCAAGGUCCGCCCAGCGUGAGAAACGAGAGCCAGAAGAGACGGGGAAAAAUGGGUUUGUGGUCGUUGGCGCUGAGGCUGCUGGAGGUCACUGGGACAUGGCGGAGGGCCAAGGCCAAGGCGCGGGGACGGGACGAAGGACAGAGGCAAGGGAAAGAAGGAUGACUGGCGAGGCGGGGCACUUUGAGGACGGAAGGAGGAAAAAGACCAUGCAGGGCCAUUACAGCGAACGUUUAAACCCAUCAGUAAUUACAGUUCUUGAAGGGCAGCCGCCUGUCACAUUGGAGGAGGGGGAGGAGGCGCCACAGAAGGGGAGGAGGAGGCGUGUGAAGCGAUGGUCGUCGGUGCAGGAGUCUUACAACAACCUCGAGCCGGAUAUGUACUCGCGGGUAUUCCCAGGGAGUUACCCGUUCGUGUACAGCAGCUACAACCCCGCCGAGGCUCUGCAGGGCGGCUCACAGGGCGGCGCCGAGGACAGCCACGCCCUGCUGCCUCGAGGCUCCCAAGACACCAGGUUUGAGAGGAAGUCACGGGCGUCGGGUGUUCAUGCAGGACGGUCCUCGGCACGCGUCAAGGGGGUCAACAAACACGCGAGGGGUGAGCGGGGCUACACCAAGACGCCCCAGCAGCGCCACGCCCGCAGCAGGAACAGAGCCAAGAGAAAAGGUGAGUGUUCCUUCCCUUGUUAUCUCUUCUAACCUGACCUUCCUUAGGAGUCCACACAGCAGUCCCUUCCAAAGCUUCCUUGAUGAUCCUUCCCCUUUACCUGUUUUGACCUGACCUUUCUUAGCUAUCAGCACACCCUUCCUUUCUACAGCUUCCUCGAUGUUACUUCCCUUGUUACUUGUUAUUACCUGUCCUUCCUAACAGUCAGUACAAUUAUCUUUUCUUUACACAGCUUCCUCUGUUUUCCUUCCUCCGUUACGGGAACUUUUAAGGCUGCAAACGUAACGGCAGGUUACUCUCGCUUGUAAUACCUCCAUAAUGCUCUUACGUUCGACUUUGCCUCCAUUACUCACUGACUGCCUCACUUUUCUAAGCAUUCGACAUAACCGUCAGUUUCAGAUUCUUCACACUCAUAAUACCCCAACAAAAAGCGUAAAGCAGCGCCACUAAAGAUCAUAAUUCCUAUUCAUUCAAGUGACACCAAUGUAAUAUUUCCUCAUUUAUUAACAAACUGCUUUAUCUUAUUGCAGACUUAACCGGGUAUUCACAUUAUGUUGUACUUUACCUUAACCUAUCAGUGAUCAAAAUUACUAUACGUUACUACAAUACCUAAAGAGUAAAUUUAUCCAAAGUACCUGAAGUAGAAAAUAAAAGGGAGGAAAAUUAUAAGAUAAUCUGGAAGCCGUGUAGGAUGCCUUUCCCGGAAGGGGCUAAUACGAUACCUUACCUUUAAAACAUAUGAGCCUCGCAAAGA